GACCAAUAGCACCUUGUCGCCUGGAGGCGAGCCUGUGAUAAUUUUGUCCCUGUCCGGUAGACCGGCUCUAUCUACCACAGGGCGCGCGGGUGUUCUCUCCUCUCUCGCGGCUUUGAGAUCCUCCUCAAAUGGGAAUCGAUGAGUCGCGCGCCGCACUGUUGCCACGGAACCACAGGAGCGCGUGAGGUCGCUGGAGAGAGAGUGAUGACGUGGCAGUGAGAGACACACAUACCUCACUCGCACACACACAUACACAUACACCUUUUUGCCCACACACAUUUAAGUAUUGCCCUACUAAGACAGGGAAGGGGGGGGAGAAAAUUCUGCUAUGACUAUGUCAUUUCUCUCCAUUACCAAUGUGUGAGCACACACCCACACACACACUCAUACUCCGUGGGGAGUUGCCUUCAUGGGGGAUAAGGCCCUAUUUAGGGCACAAAGAUGGAGUUCACAUCCUAUUCGUCACAUAUUUAGCACUCACACAGAUGCACACAAACACACACACCUGGAAUCUCACAUGUUAGAAGUGAAGAAUGAAAGACUGAAUAGAAAGAAGACACUGAACAGCUCAGACAAGACACAAACACCAGACCAAGGCAAAAGAAGAUCCACAGGACGUCAGGAGCUGCUGUUUGACCCCCACACCACUGGAGCUGUAUUGUAAAGAGCACUAGAAAGAAACCAGGGUGCAUCCGAGACGCACAGGUGUUCUACAAAGUGCCCUACAGUAGUCACCAUGAGCAGUAGGCUAGAGGGAACACAGCAGCUCUAGCCUCUAUCUCCUCCCGUGUGUGUGUGUGUGAGUGUGAGAGUGAGUGUGUGUAUGAGUGUGAUGGCGGUGUGUGUUUGGGCGGCGGCCCCCCUGCUCUUCCUGGGGCUGUGCCUGUGCAGCGUGGGGGGCCAGGCCCAAGGGGAGGUCCUGGAGUUUGGAGGUGUGUCCAGCCAGUGGGGGCGGUUCCCAGUGUGGAACGCUUGCUGCGAGAGCGUGCUGAGCUUCAGCCUGCGGACUCACAGCCAGGAGGGCCUGCUGCUCUACCUGGAUGAUGAGGGCUUCUGUGACUUCCUGGAGCUGCUGCUUCUCCACGGCCACCUCCGCCUGCGCUUCUCCAUCUUCUGUGCUGAGCCGGCCGAACUGCAAUCAGGUGUGGCGGUCAGUGACGGGCACUGGCACACAGUGCGUGUCAAGCGGGACUGGAGGAACACCUCCUUAGAAGUGGACGGGCGGCUGGAAGGAUGGGCGGAAGUGAAAAGCAAGAGAAGAGACAUGACAGUAUUCAGUCACACCUUCAUGGGUGGGGUGACACCGGAACUCCACUCCUCGCCCCUGCGUCUCACAUCCCCUUCGGUGCGAGAACACCCUGCAUUCCGUGGCUGGAUCACGGCGGUGAGCAUCAAUGGCUCACUGGUGACACUGGACAGCUCAGAGGGGGUCACAGUAACAGCUGGCUGCGGACCCGAUCACCAGUGCCAGAACGGAGGUGUGUGCAGCGUGGUCAACGACCAGGCCGUCUGCGACUGCUCCGAUACCGGUUAUCAAGGCAACGACUGCAGCGAAGAGCACAGCUACACUCCAGGUCUGGCACACCUGAUGAUUGGCGACCAAGCUCGCGAGGAGUAUGUUGCCACCUUCAAGGGCUCUGAGUACUUCUGCUACGACCUGUCGCCCAACCCCAUCCAGUCUAGCAGCGAUGAAAUCACGCUCUCCUUCAAAACGCUGCAGCGUAAUGGCUUGAUGCUGCACACUGGCAAGUCAGCCGACUACGUCAACCUGGCACUGAAGAACGGUGCCGUGUCGCUUGUCAUCAACCUUGGCUCCGGGGCCUUCGAGGCCUUGGUGGAGCCCGUCAACGGCAAGUUCAACGACAACGCCUGGCAUGACGUCAAGGUCACCCGCAACCUGAGACAGCACUCAGGCAUUGGACACGCUAUGGUGACGAUCUCUGUGGACGGCAUCCUGACCACCACAGGCUACACCCAGGAGGACUACACCAUGCUGGGCUCGGACGACUUCUUCUACGUGGGAGGAAGCCCCAGCACUGCUGACCUGCCCGGUUCUCCUGUCAGCAAUAACUUCAUGGGCUGUCUCAAAGAGGUGGUGUACAAGAACAAUGAUGUACGGCUGGAGCUGUCUAGACUGGCUAAACAGGGAGACCCAAAGAUGAAGGUAAGUGGGGUGGUGUCCUUUAAGUGUGAGAGUGUGGCCACGCUGGACCCCGUGACCUUUGAUACACCAGAGUCUUUCGUGGCACUGAGCAAGUGGACAGCAAAGAAGGCGGGAUCGAUCUCGUUCGACUUCAGAACCACGGAGCCAAACGGGUUGAUGCUUUUCAGCCAUGGCAAACCCCGACAGCAGCAACGCAAGGACCCACGCACACCUCCUACAGUCAAGGUGGAUUUUUUUGCCAUUGAGAUGCUGGAUGGGCACCUGUACUUGCUGCUUGACAUGGGCUCAGGAACCACCAAGACCAAGGCUAUCGAUAGAAAGGUCAAUGACGGCGAAUGGUAUCACGUGGACUUCCAGAGGGACGGCCGCUCUGGAACCAUCUCGGUGAACAGUGUAAGAACAGCGUACACGGCGCCGGGGGACAGCGAGAUCCUGGACCUGGACGACACUUUGUACCUUGGAGGACUACCUGAGGACCGUGCUGGACUCAUCUUCCCCACAGAGGUGUGGACGGCUCUGUUGAACUACGGCUACGUGGGCUGCAUCAGAGACCUGUUUGUGGACGGGCAGAGCAAAGACAUUCGACGGCUGGCUGAGGCCCAGAGGGCGGUGGGGGUGAAGCCCUCGUGCUCCAGAGAGCCGCCCAAACAGUGCCUGUCCAACCCCUGCCAGCACAACGGCAUCUGCAGGGAGGGCUGGAAUCGCUACGUCUGCGACUGUUCUGGGACGGGAUACCUGGGACGCUCCUGCGAGAGAGAUGCGACCAUCCUGUCAUACGAUGGCAGUAAGUUUAUGAAGGUGCAGCUGCCUGUGGGGAUGCACACCGAGGCGGAGGACGUCUCGCUACGCUUUCGCUCCCAGCGGGCCUAUGGCGUUCUCAUGGCAACCACAUCCCGUAACUCUGCAGACACCCUUCGUCUGGAGCUGGAUGGGGGCCGUGUCCGACUUACUGUCAACCUAGACUGUAUCAGGAUAAACUGUACAGCCAGUAAAGGCCCAGAGACCAUCUUUGCGGGGUCGGGGCUCAAUGAUAAUGAGUGGCACACAGUGAGGGUAGUCCGCCGUGGCAAGAGCCUCAAACUCACCGUGGACGACCUGCAGCCUGUUGAAGGUCAGAUGGCGGGCGACCACACCCAGUUGGAGUUCCACAAUGUGGAGACGGGUAUUGUGACGGAGAAGCGCUUCAUGCCUGCCGUGCCUUCUAAUUUCAUCGGCCACCUUCAGGGCCUGGCGCUGAACGGCAUGCCCUACAUCGACCUGUGCAAAAACGGCGACAUCGACUACUGCGAGCUCAACGCUGUUAUUGGCUAUAAGAACAUCAUGGCUGACCCUGUCACCUUCCGCUCGCGCUCCAGUUUCGUCACACUGCCCACGUUGCAGGCCUACUACUCCAUGCAUCUCUUCAUGCAGUUCAAGACGACGUCCCCCGACGGCCUUAUUCUCUACAACAGGGGAGACGGCAAUGACUUCAUAGUGAUAGAGCUGGUUAAAGGCUACCUACACUACAUCUCUGAUCUGGGCAAUGGAGCACACCUGAUUAAAGGCAACUCUAACAGUCCCCUGAAUGACAACCACUGGCAUAAUGUGCACAUAUCCCGAGACACUAACAAUCUCCACACAGUCAAAAUUGACACCAAAGUCACCACGCAAACCACCAUGGGUGCCAAGAACCUCGAUCUAAAAGGUGACCUGUACAUUGGAGGCGUCUCCAAAGAGAUGUACCGAGACCUGCCUAAGCUGGUCCACUCCCGUGAGGGAUUCCAGGGUUGCCUCGCAACAGUUGAUCUAAAUGGCCGGCUCCCCGACCUUUUGGCUGAUGCCGUGGCAACCAUAGGACAAGUAGAGAGAGGCUGUGAAGGUCCCAGCACUACAUGUCAAGAAGACUCCUGCUCAAAUCAGGGAGUUUGUUUGCAGCAGUGGGAGGGCUUCACCUGUGACUGCAGCAUGACUUCUUAUGCUGGGCCACUAUGCAAUGAUGCUGGGACCACUUAUAUCUUUGGCCGUGACGGAGGUGUGGUGAUUUACACUUGGCCCCCUAAUGAACGUCCCAGCACCAGGGCAGACCGGCUUGCCCUUGGGUUCAGCACCCAACAGAAACACGCCAUUCUGCUGCGGGUGGACAGCGCAUCUGGUCUGGGAGACUACCUUCAGCUGCAGAUAGACAAAGGCAACAUUAGAGUAGUGUUUAACGUUGGCACUGAUGACAUCAACAUCGAGGAGAGCUCCAAGUUUGUCAACGAUGGAAAGUACCACAUAGUUCGGUUCACCCGCAGCGGAGGCAAUGCAACCCUCCAACUGGAUGACCUGCCCGUCAUUGAGCGUUAUCCCUCAGGCAACAUUGAUAACGAGCGCCUGGCCAUCGCCAGACAGCGAAUCCCCUAUCGGCUCGGUCGAGUAGUUGACGAUUGGCUACUCGACAAAGGUCGCCAGCUGACCAUCUUCAACAGCCAGACGACAGUGCGAGUGGGUGGAGGUGAGCAAGGUGCAGGUAUGUUCCAGGGUCAGCUGUCUGGCCUCUACUACAACGGCCUCCGCAUCCUCAACAUGGCCGCGGAGGGGCACCCGCACAUCAGAGUGGAGGGCAGCGCACGACUGGUUGGCGACAUGCCGUCCUCCUCUAUCACCCCGCAGUCCAGCGCUGCAGCUGGAGGCAACCGCUCUGACUCCGCCCCCUCCAUAAGUGACAUCACAACCACCACAGCCACCAACAGGAAGCAGGGCUCCACACAGCAGUCGGCAGACGACUUGCUGGUGGCGUCGGCUGAAUGCCCCAGCGAUGACGAAGACAUUGACCCCUGCGACCCCAGUUCAGCCCGCCCUCCCCUGCCGGAGGUGAAGGUGUUCCCGGGUCCGUCUGAGGUGGUGCGGGAGAGCAGCAGCACCACAGGUAUGGUGGUGGGCAUCGUGGCGGCCGCAGCCCUCUGCAUCCUCAUCCUCCUCUACGCCAUGUACAAGUACCGCAACCGCGACGAGGGUUCCUACCACGUGGACGAGAGCCGCAACUACAUCAGCAACUCAGCCACCCAGCCCAACGGCAGCGCCAAGGACAAGCCGCUGGGCAUCGCCAAGAUCUCCAAGAACAAGAAGAACAAAGACAAGGAGUACUACGUCUGAGGCGGAAGAUGUCCGACACACAGACAUAUACGCAUACACCUUUAUAUAUAACUGUAUAUGUACAUAAAUAGAUAUAUUCGAAAAAAAAUUACACACAUACACACUGACAUAGACAUGCUGAUGUUAAUGUUUACUCCCCAGUAAUCACACCUGCACAUGUACUGGCAAGCACAAACAUACACAUUCAAACAUACACACAUGCAUACACUGAAGCACAAACAUACACACACAGACUGGCCCAAGGGCACGAACCCUUACUGUACAGUAUUUACCAAUGAGCAGAGCCUCUGAGAGAGGCUCGUUUUAUGAACAUAAACACCAUUCCAAAUGAUUUAAAGAAGCACCAGUUCAACUCCCAGAUAAGAACAAUUUUCGGGGGCCAGCGAGGUAUAAAGACCAGUCACUCCCCUGCCACAGCAGGACCUCUCCUGUUGGACUCAGAGAGGUCAAGGGUGACUUUAAGUGAAGCACAUGGCAAACUGAGUGCGUUGAGCGGGAGGGUAGAGCAUCAGAACAAAGAUGAUUUAGAAAAGCACCAAGUGUCUCUUCCAAGCUUCUUGGCCUUCCUCCCUGUUAGCAGACGGGCUUGAUGAGGCACUGAGGGUGCCGAAGAAACAAGCACACCGACGGUCCAAGUCUAACCCCAAGCAACAGGACAGAAAAUCAGGGUGUAGCCCUAGAGAGAGUGAAUUACGAGUGAAUAGGCAGAGGCAGGGCUGGUGCCAUUAAUAUUACGGAUGGGCUGCGGAACUGAUGUUUUACGGCACCCCGUAAAUCACAAAGGUGGAAUCAGCAGAAAACUGAGAGAUAUUUUCCUGGACAGGAUACUUGACACUUCACAUGCUACCUACAAACACCAGUCAUGUAUGACUACGGUGUCACACACACACAAAUACAGCACACAUGCACACACUAAAAUAUAAACAAUCUACACAUGCAAACUUGCAUACAGAGACCCACCAUGUCGUCAUAAGACUGAAGACUGUACAAGAAGACACUGGUGAAAAUGACAAAGACCAAUAUGAUAACUGUUAUCUCAAUGAAAACGAUGAAUAUGAAGAACAUUUGGGCAGUAUAGACUCUUUGGGGAAGGGAGGGGGGGUGUCUUAUUGCACGUGAAUUAUCUUACUCCGUGUGAUUUAUACCGCGUUGAAACUCCAGAGGUUACACCGUGACACACCACCAUCAUGAACUUACCACCUUGGCUUGAAGUAUUCUUAAAUACGCACUUCAAAUGGUUUUCAGUCUGUGGGAUUCAACAGUGAUUUAUUUAAUCUCUGAAUCGACUCCCGGUUCUAAUUGUGACCAUCUCGAGUGUGCUGCAUGCCUGAGUCUCUGAGCUGUGCUGUGAAGUGGUGGCGUGUCCCACAAAGUCCAGAGGUGGUAGGUUUGUUUGUUUGUGGGGGAGGAAGAGAUGGAGGAGGAAUGGGGAGGGGGGGGAGUCGUUGCGGGUUGCAGUGUAACUCCCAGUGCAACACCUGGAUGUGUGUGCCCACCACAGGCUGCGUCCUGUUUUCUAGCCUGAUGUCUUAUAGGCCACACCCACUAUACCUGCUCUAACCAACCACCUUUUAUAGCAAAAACCAGCUGAGGAAAAGAAUCAAAAACAGAACAAAGUAAAUGUUACCAUGUGUUGCUAAUAGAUAGAGAAGUCCAGUUCAUGAUGCCAUUGGUUAUAUGACAACUUAAGUUGCUUUGAUUUCACUGGCUCUCGCUUUUCUCUCUUUCUCUUUGCGUCCUUUUGUCUUCAUGCUAUUGCUUGACUGGCUUGUCAAUACUCAUGGUGUCACAGACACGCGAAACUGAUGGGUUUCUGAUGGGCUUCAGCAUAAUUAUCAAUUUAUGGACUUUUGCAGUGUCUGAGCCCUCUACAGCUGCACAACCGUAGCUCCGUGGUAUAUCAAUACAAACAGUGCCAUGACAUGAACAAGCCCCCCGAGUUCUUCCAAGCACUGCAAGCAACCAGUCAGAUGCAUGCAAAAUGAACAGCGCCAGAACGGACACGAAAAGGAUUGUGUGUGAGAUUUCAAAGUAUAAUGUCAAAAUUAACUUUAACAUAUUCCCUUAUUCUCUCUGCCCUUAACUGGCCUUUCUGACCUCUUUUUCUUCCCUUCUUGUUUAGUAUGUUUCCCUCUCUGCCCUCCCAGCUCCUCUGUGUCUAUCACAUUCUUUUCCCUCUAUCUCUGUUGUGUUGCCAUCUGAAACAAAGGAGGCAUCUCCACCAAUGGGAUCCUGCAUCUAGGUGUUCAUUAACCAUGUUUAUUUUCUAUAUGUACAAUUUUUCUACAGUAUUUACUUUUAUUUUUAUUGUUACGGUUCUUUGAUGAACAUAAAGUGGAAAAUUUAUUAUGAAAAAUAGUUUUGAAGAUUAACGAGUAAAUAAAAUAUUACCCA